AAGAAGCAGGGAGAAGUGAGCAAAUCAGCCAGCGCUGACAGUACAACAGAGGGAACUCCUGCAGAUGGUUUCACAGUCCUGUCCACCAAAAGUCUGUUUCUUGGCCAGAAGCUGAACCUUAUUCACAGUGAAAUCAGUAAUUUAGCCGGCUUCGAGGUGGAGGCCAUUAUCAAUCCUACCAAUGCUGACAUUGACCUUAAAGAUGACCUAGGGAGCACUUUGGAAAAGAAAGGCGGCAAGGAGUUUGUGGAAGCUGUCAUUGAGCUUCGCAAAAAGAACGGGCCGUUGGACAUAGCUGGAGCUGUUGUCAGUGCUGGCCAUGGAUUGCCUGCGAAAUUUGUGAUCCACUGUAAUAGCCCGGGCUGGGGCUCGGACAAAUGCGAGGAGCUGCUGGAAAAGACGGUGAAGAACUGCUUGGCUCUGGCUGAUGAAAAGAAGCUGAAAUCAAUUGCGUUUCCUUCGAUUGGCAGUGGCAGGAACGGCUUCCCAAAGCAAACGGCUGCUCAGCUGAUCCUGAAAGCCAUCUCCAGCUAUUUUGUGUCAACAAUGUCCUCUUCGAUCAAGACGGUGUACUUUGUGCUCUUUGACAGUGAGAGUAUAGGGAUAUACGUGCAGGAAAUGGCCAAGCUAGAUGCCAACUAAGCCUAGAAAGCUCCAGUACCAGCCCCCUCUUCUACCCCUCACCCUCCCUCAAUCCUUAACUCAUUGUGAAGCAGAGCAUCCCUUAUUUUAAAUUUUGCUCAUCUAGGGGAAUAAAGGUGGGGGUUUUGUUUGGGUUUUUUUUGUUUGUUUGUUUGGGGUUUUGUUUCUUUGUUUUGUUUUUACUUUCUAAAAUGUUUUACGUUGGCACUGAUAGUUGGCAUUACUGCUGUUAAUGCACUGUAUACCAGGCAUCGUCUGAACUUAGUGUAAUCUAGGAGAUUUUAUAGUUUUAUUUUAAUGAAGUAUGGAUUGAAGCAGAAAGCUGUUAGGAGUACGUAGUCUUUUACUUGUGAAAGAAACGAGCCGACCCUAUUUUGUAACUGUGUCGUGGUGCUUUAUCAAUACAUCAAGUGGCGUUCCUUUCAUUUUUUAAAAAGAAGAGAUGCUAUAAACCUAAUUUGUGUUUGUUUAUUGUCUUAAUGAUAAAUCUGGAAGAAAAAAGAAAUACAGAAACCCUGUUGUCCUUAAUUAUAUUUACAAUUUUGAAAUUGUGUGAAUUGAUUUAGUAAAAUGUUUGAACUG